ACAAAAUGUUACCUGCCUGCGACAAUAUAAAGAUCCAGGUGAGUCUUCAAUCUACGUGAAUCUUUCUCAAAAUGGAUCCAACCCCCUCUGUACCAUCUCCACAACUCUUUUCUCUGGCAGGCCAGAAUGUCCUCAUCACCGGAGCUACUAGAGGCAUAGGUGCUGCAUGCGCUUUGGCUUUAGCUCAAGCGGGUGCCUCGAUAUGUGUUGUUCAGCGCCGUCCUUCUCCAAAUGCGGAGCCGAAUAUGGAUACAGUGAAUGCCAUUCGUGCGCUAGGCGCGAACGCGCAAAUUGUUUAUUGCGACUUAGGCAACUUGGAUUCUGUCAGGGAACUUUUCCCCAAGGCACUGGAGCUCAUGGGCGGUAAUAUUCAUAUCCUGGUCAACUGCGCUGGCAUACAGCGGAGAUCGCCGAGUGUCGAUUUCCCGGAGAAGGACUGGGAUGAUGUUCUCGACGUGAACCUCAAAUCUGUGUGGCUUAUAUCACAAGCGGCGGGCCAGCAUAUGGUUCCGCUUAGAAGAGGAAAAAUCAUUAAUUUCUGUUCCCUGCUGACAUUCCAAGGCGGCCUCACCGUCCCGGCUUAUGCCGCCGCUAAGGGUGCACUCGGCCAACUCACGAAGGCUCUCAGUAACGAAUGGAGCCAGCAUAACGUCCAAGUGAACGGCAUCUGUCCGGGGUAUAUCGCCACAGACAUGAACGAAAGGCUGCUAGCGGACCCCACCCGCCUCAGACAGAUAUCGGAGCGGAUACCCGCAGGGAGGUGGGGUAGCCCCGGAGACUUUGCUGGCCCGGUGGUGUUCCUUGCCAGCAGCGCAAGUCAGUACGUCUGUGGCGAACUCUUGGUCGUUGAUGGCGGCUGGAUGGGUCGUUAAACAGAGACUGCCACUGUUCUCACGACAACGCGGAGAAAUCAAGAGGUUGUAAAAUUCAUGUACAUAUCUAGGAAGCGCUCGCAAAUAUGAAGUCAGUCUGGCAGUUUGCGACAAGGCGUCUUGCUGUCUCAAUGCGAGGAAAAAACUAUAUCAUUUUUCGGACUUCACCAUGAAAUAGCAUGUUCCAUAGUAGAUACAUGCCAUAAGGUUAU